UCAUAAUCUCAUCAUGCAUGUACCGACAGACGCCAAGCUCCCAAUAAGAUGCUUCGGUGCUGACACCCCCAACCUCACCCCACUCUAAACCUCCAUAUAAAAUACCAGCGAAAGCUCUCUCUCUCUUUCUAAACCACCAUCUCUCUUUCUCUCUGUUUCUGUGAAAACAUGUGGGAGUUCAGUUUGCAGAGAGUGAUGGAGAUAGGAACCACCUUCGUCACAAGCCCUCCUGCUCUGCUGUCAGCGCUUGGGUUCACAGGGUUGGCCAUUCUGAUGGGCCUCGCGAGCUACUUGUACGCUCCCUACUGGGGAGUGAGGAAGGUCCCGGGCCCGCCCGCCUUCCCUCUUGUGGGACACCUCCCCUUGAUGGCCAAGUACGGCCCUGAUGUCUUCUCCAUCCUCGCCAAGCGUUAUGGUCCUAUUUUCAGGUUUCACAUGGGAAGGCAACCCCUGAUAAUCGUAGCUGAUGCAGAGCUUUGCAAGGAGGUUGGGAUAAAGAAGUUUAAGGACAUUCCCAACAGAAGCAUCCCUUCUCCAAUUGCUGCAUCCCCACUCCACCAAAAGGGUCUCUUCUUCACCAAGGACGUGAGAUGGUCGACGAUGAGGAACACAAUCCUGUCUGUUUACCAGCCGUCGCACCUCGCGAGCUUAGUCCCCACAAUGCAGAAGUACAUCGAGUCGGCAGCGGAGAAUCUCUGCUCUUUCAAAGAGGAGGACGUCACGUUUUCCAACCUUUCUCUCAAGUUGGCCACGGAUGUGAUUGGCCAGGCGGCCUUUGGCGUGGACUUCGGCCUUUCUAGAGGGCAGUCCAAGCUGGGUCACGGGAGUAGUGCCAGUGAAAAAGGCAAUGGCGACAGAGACAAUGAAGUCAGCGAUUUCAUCAACAAACACAUCUACUCGACGACGCAGCUCAAGAUGGACUUAUCUGGCUCAUUCUCGAUCAUACUGGGUCUGCUUGUCCCUAUACUCCAGGAGCCUUUCAGGCAGAUACUUAAGAGAAUUCCUGGCACGAUGGAUCGAAAAGUCGACCGGACUAAUAAGGAAUUGGCAAGUAGGCUUAAUGGAAUCGUGUCGAAGAGAAUGAAGGAGAAGGAGAGGAGCUCAAAGGAUUUUCUGUCGCUCAUACUUAAUGCAAGGGAGUCGGAGAAGGCUGCCAAGAAUGUAUUUACCCCGGACUAUGUAAGUGCAGUCACGUAUGAGCACUUACUUGCCGGGUCAGCUACAACGUCUUUCACGCUGUCUUCUGUGGUCUAUCUCGUCGCCGGACACCCAGAAGUCGAGAAGAAGUUGCUUGAAGAGAUCGAUGGGUUUGGUCCACGUGAUCAGUUGCCAACUGCUCAGGAUCUCCACGAAAAAUUUCCCUAUCUCGAUCAGGUAAUCAAAGAGGCGAUGAGGUUUUACUUGGUUUCGCCGUUAGUCGCAAGAGAAACAUCAAGAGAAGUAGAAAUAGGUGGCUAUCUUCUCCCAAAGGGCACAUGGGUCUGGUUGGCGCUCGGGGUUCUAGCGAAAGACCCGAAAAACUUCCCCGAGCCGGAGAAAUUCAGACCGGAGAGAUUCGAUCCAAAUUGCGAGGAGCAGAAACGGAGGCAUCCUUACGCCCUCAUACCAUUUGGAAUCGGUCCUCGCGCCUGCAUAGGGCAGAAGUUCUCCUUACAGGAAAUCAAACUCUCUUUGAUCCACUUAUACAGGAAAUACAUAUUCCGACACUCCCCAAAUAUGGAGAAACCGUUGGAACUCGAGUUCGGCAUAGUCCUCAAUUUCAAGCAUGGCGUGAAGCUUAGAGUCGUAGAAAGAAAUUGAAAAUCAGUUUGUAGCUAGUGGUAUUCAGGAGUACUUCUAGCAGUUUUUGUAAUAAAAAACACUUUCAUCAGCCGUUUCAACAAAAUAAGAAGCUAAAUGCUGUAUCUUAUAACAGAAACAAAGAUUAUACGUCCAGAACAUUCACACGCCGAUAUGAAACUCUGGGCUACUGAUGUACUUGUCCCGGUGAAUGAACAGGGUUCAAUGCCUCCUCCUUUCCCUGAA